ACUGGCUCCUGAUAGGCUGCCCGGGCUGUCCGUCUCGACAAAGACCUGUGCGCAGGCUCCGAAAGGCGGGGAGCUGGCUGGGCGUCGCGGACUCGGAGCUGCUGGAUCGGUCCGAGAUGGCAGAGGUGGAGGAAACACUCAAGAGACUUCAGAGCCAGAAAGGAGUUCAGGGAAUCAUCGUGGUGAACACGGAAGGCAUUCCCAUCAAGAGCACCAUGGACAAUCCCACUACUACACAAUAUGCCAACCUCAUGCACAACUUCAUCUUGAAGGCACGGAGCACUGUGCGUGAAAUUGACCCCCAGAAUGAUCUAACCUUCCUUCGAAUUCGAUCCAAGAAAAAUGAAAUUAUGGUUGCACCAGAUAAAGACUAUUUCCUGAUUGUGAUUCAGAAUCCAACUGAAUAACCGAAUAAGCCACUG